CAAGUCACAGGCGUCUCAGGUGAUUACAACGGGCUGUGCACUCUUCCAACUAAUCCAGGGGUCUCAACAAGGGGGAAUAGAGACCAGGCUAGCAUAGCAGCCAAGCAGGCGCGUCAGCUGCGGCAUUCCAUCAUGUCCUCCCACAACGCGCGUGUCAUUCUCCAGCGGCCAGCCAGCCAGCAGCAAGAUGCCCCUGACAUACACCCACAGGUUGAUCAAGUCAAUCCUAUAUUCAAUCCCGCUCUCUUCCAUAUCCUUCAACUCUCCUGUAUCUCCUAUUAGCCUCUUCCAUCACACCUACUGUCCAGAUAUCGUCCUCGCCUUCUCAUUGCUCCUUGAUCUCUUGGCUUUUUGCGUACCUGCGUACGCCGCCCUCAUCAGCACAACUCUGCACACAGCUGGAGGCAGUCUUCAGGCAUUCGAUGAUCGCCCUGAUCCCCGUCCCUUCGUUGUCUCCCUUCAUCUCUCCGAUUGGUGUGUCAGCGCGACUGUCGCUCACAUCAUCCAAUUUUGACGAUCACCUCUUUCUCUUAUGAUCUUGUGGGGUUGCGUCCAUAUGCGUGUUGAACUGUAGUAUUGCACAGCAGUACAUGUGGUCAGUAACCGCUGUU